ACGUUAGCGUCUCUGUUGGUCUGUCCUUCCAUCUAGCGUACGAAUCCAAUCCCGCCCCUCCUCUCUCUCUCUCCAAGCUGAGUCAGCUGACCAAACCAAGCUCGAUUCCAAUUUCGGAGCUUCGGCGACCCGAGAGUCCGAUUCUCCUGCUAACAUCCUCCACUUUUCUUACCUUCCGAUUUUUUGUGUAAGAGUUUUUUCUGUAUUUGAACGGAGAAUUAGAGCGCCGUUUGUGGGAGAUGAACUUGUAGAGGACAUGAAGAAGGUAUCAAGAAAAGUCGGGAAGUAUGAGGUGGGCCGAACCAUCGGUGAGGGAACUUUUGCCAAGGUUAAGUUUGCGCGGAACACAGAGACCGGCGAGAGUGUAGCCAUGAAGGUUUUGGCCAAGACCACCAUUCUUAAGCACAAAAUGGUUGAUCAGAUUAAAAGAGAGAUAUCGAUAAUGAAGAUUGUCAGGCAUCCUAAUAUUGUAAGGCUGCAUGAGGUUUUGGCUGGCCAAACAAAGAUAUAUAUAAUUCUCGAGUUUGUAAGUGGAGGAGAGCUGUUUGAUAAAAUUGUCCAUCAGGGAAAGCUUCAUGAAAAUGAAUGCAGGCGGUACUUUCAACAACUUAUAGAUGCAGUUGCUCAUUGUCACAAUAAGGGUGUGUACCAUAGAGACCUGAAGCCUGAAAAUCUUCUUCUUGACGGGAAAGGAAAUUUGAAGGUUUCGGACUUUGGUCUGAGUGCAUUACCUCAGCAAGGGGCUGGCCUUCUUCGAACAACAUGUGGAACCCCCAACUAUGUUGCACCGGAGGUGCUCGGUAACCAGGGUUAUGAUGGCGCAGCUGCUGAUUUGUGGUCAUGUGGAGUCAUCCUCUAUGUUCUAAUGGCCGGUUAUCUUCCAUUUGAUGAGACACACCUUCCAACUCUUUACAAAAAGAUAAGUGCAGCAGAAUUCUCUUGUCCAUUCUGGUUUUCUCCAGGAGUGAAGUCAUUGAUACAUAAGAUACUUGAUCCCAAUCCUGAAACACGCAUUCAGAUUGAAGGAAUAAAAAAGGUUCCAUGGUUUCAGAAAAACUAUGUUCCUGUGAAGCAUAGAGAAGAUGCGGAAGUGAAUUUGGAUGAUGUUUGUGCAGUUUUUGAUGAUAUUGAGGAAAACUAUGCUGCUGAGCAGUCAGAAAACUAUGGGGGUCCUCUGAUAAUGAAUGCAUUCGAGAUGAUUACACUAUCACAGGGCUUGAAUUUAUCUGCAUUGUUUGACAGGAGGCAGGAUUAUGUAAAGCGGCAAACGCGGUUUGUUUCCUGCAAACCAGCAAAAGUAAUUAUCUCAACUAUUGAAGCUGUUGCCCAAUCGAUGAGUCUCAAGGCCCAUACGCGUAAUUUUAAGACAAGGCUUGAAGGAAUAUCUACGAGUAAGACUGGACAAUUUGCAGUGGCCCUGGAGGUUUUUGAAGUUGCACCAUCCCUUUUCAUGGUCGAUGUUCGAAAGGCUGCUGGGGAUACACUUGAAUAUCACAAGUUUUACAAGGAUUUAUGUGCCAAACUAGACGAUAUCAUUUGGAAACCAAAGGAGGGUAUGGCUAUUCCAGCCUGCUUAGAACAAUGAUUGCUGAUCCAGUUCCAAGGAAGAUGCAAAGCAGUAAGCAGAUGAACAGAGGGAAUUCCUCUUCGGGGCAAAUGAUCUACUACAAACUGGAAGAUUUUUAUCGUACAGGGCUACUACACUAUAUACAUUUAAUUUUUUUUUGUCACGUGUUAUUUUCAUAAAACAAAUUUGUGGCGUUAUUUUAGAAAUCAGCAUGUAAAUGUAGUACAAAAUGUGAGUGUACUUAUGUAGCUUCAGAGGCAGCUAAAUACAAAUUGAGGCCUAAGGCAAAAUUUAAGUAA